GUGUGACAAUAUGUAAUUGUCAAAAUCACUUCAUCAAACCCCAUCAUCAUACAUUAACAUCAUGACUUCUAAAUUCUUGUAAUAAUGACCUUCACCACUAUAUAACCCAUAAUGAGCAACAGAGAAAUAGUCCAGAUCCAUUUUGGCCAAGCAGGUGUCCAAGUAGCAAACGCUUGUUGGGAGCUGUACUGUCUAGAACAUGGAAUCAAAGUAGAUGGAACAUUUCAUAAUGAGUGUUUUACAGAUAACAGUUACAGUCCCUUUUUUAGUCUUACAGCUUAUGGCCAAGUGGUGCCCAGAGUUGUAAUGGUAGAUUUAGAACCCACAGUAAUAGACGAAAUCCGUACUGGGUAUUACAGACAGUUAUUCCAUCCAGAUCAGCUACUUACUGGUAAAGAAGAUGCAGCAAAUAAUUAUGCUAGAGGGAAGUAUGGAAUUGGUACUGAGAUGUUACAUUUAGCAUUGGAUAGAACUAGAAAAGUUGUAGAAGGAUGUAAUAAUAUGCAGGGUUUCAUCCUCUUCAGAGCUUAUGGAGGAGGUACUGGCGGAGGAUUUACAUCCCUGUUUUUGCAGCAUCUAGCCGCUGACUAUGGUAAAGUCAAUAUAGUGGAAUUUGCUAUAUUUCCUUCGCCACAGAUAUCAACCAUUAUCGUGGAGCCUUAUAAUACUGUAUUAUCCACAAAUGCCUCUAUAGAAUAUGAAGACGUGUGUUUUCUUAUGGAUAAUGAAGCUGUUUAUGAUAUUUUAGGUAGAAGCUUAGAUACACCAAGACCUACCUACACAAAUCUUAAUAGGCUUUUGGGGCAAGUAGUUUCAGCCGUUACAGCGUCAUUGAGGUUCGAAGGGGCUAUAAAUGUUGACCUAGCGGAGUUUACAACAAAUCUCAUACCAUAUCCCAGAAUCCACUAUCCCCUAACAACAUACGCUCCAUUCGUACCUGCAACCAAGGCUUUCCACGAACAGCUAUCUGUAGCCAGCUUAACAAAUUCGUGUUUUGAACCUGCAAAUCAGAUGGUAAAGUGUGAUCCACGGACUGGCAAAUAUAUAUCCUGCUGUCUUCUCUACCGUGGUGAUGUUUCCCCAACAGACGUCAACAAUGCAAUAACUAAUAUAAAAUCGAUGAGAUCAAUUCAAUUCGUCGACUGGAGUCCUACUGGUUUUAAGGUUGGAAUUAACUACAUGCCACCGGUAGCAGUUCCCGGAGGUGAUUUGGCAAAAGUUCAUAGAGCUGUAACUAUGCUGUCUAAUAACACUGCUGUCAAAAGCGCCUGGGAACGAAUUCUUAAAAAAUUUAAUUUGAUGUUGGCUAAAAGAGCGUUCAUACACCAUUACGUUGGAGAAGGCAUGGAAGAGGAAGAGUUUAGAGAUGCAAAAGAAGAUGUAAAAUGCUUAAUUAUGGAUUAUAAAGAAGUGGAAGAUUAACAUAACAUCAACCUACGACGUACAUAAUGAACAUUAAAUAAAAAACAAAAAAUAAAUCGAAAGCAAAGAAACUGAAAGUAACUUUACCACAUUAA